CCUUAAACUUCAUCACUAAAAUCAAAACCUUAAUAAUAGUGAGUAUUCAGAUAUGGAUUCCAAGAGCACCAGGGCUUUUGCUCUCUUUCUUGUGAUCAACAUCCUCUUCUUCACUACAGUGAGUGCAUGUAACACUUGCCCUAGUCCUAAGCCAAAGCCAAAGCCAAAGCCAACCCCUACCCCUUCAUCAAAAGGCAAGUGCCCUACAGAUGCCCUAAAAUUGGGGGUUUGUGCCAAUGUUCUGAAUGGGUUGCUCAACAUUACAAUCGGAAACCCUCCCAAGAAGCCAUGCUGCAGUCUCAUCGAAAACCUCGUAGACCUCGAAGCCGCUGUGUGCCUUUGCACUGCCAUUAAAGCAAACAUCCUAGGUAUCAACCUUAAUAUUCCUCUUUCCCUCAGCUUGCUCCUUAAUGUCUGCAGCAAGAAGGUUCCAAAGGGCUUCACCUGCCCCUAGAUACAUCAUAUAAAGCAUAUCCAUCUCGAUAUUGAUUUGUUUGUUCUGAGAUUGUUCGAGCGGUUUGUUUUAUUAGGUUGUUUUGGUGCUUCUUGUUUGAGAGUUAUUAUAUAUGGUUGAAGUGCAUGGUAACAUCUUGUUUCCAAUGUUUGGAGAGCAUGUAAUAAUUAAUUAUGCUUAUUCUGUGAUGUAUAAAUUUGGAAUAUUUUACCUUUUGCAAA